AUGCUUCGCUUUUGCACCACCGAUUGGCUUAUAGCGCACUCCAUCAUCGAACCGUUUCCCGCAGAUCAAGAGCCCGUACAGCCCGACCGCGCCGCCGCACUUGACAGGAAAGUGGCUGGCGGUAUCGGGGUGGGGGCGGGGGAUCCCUCGUGGGCCACCCCCCCGGGCCCCGCGCGCAGUCCCCCCCCCUCUGCCUUUGUCUCUGUAAUGAAUCCGCCAAACGCCAAACGUCACCGCGCAGUCGCCCGCCGCGGCCAGUGCCAUAAAUCAUAUGUCGAAUCCCGCGUCAACGGA